GCGCCAAAGGCAAUGAUACGAGCAGGACUCGCCCAGCCGGGCGAAUUGUGGCUGGCAACAGCAGCAGUCUACGGCUUCCAGCGGAGCCCGAAGUGGUGGAGUCAGCAUAGGAACGCCACAACCAAAACAGCAACCUGGAAAUCUCCGAAGGGUGGAUCUAUGAAGGUUGUUCCGUGCAUCACCGACGACAACCUCCACAAGCUCGUCGAGGUGCUACCGGACGGUGAGCAUAUCGUGGGGUACGUCCUCUUCUACGUCGAUGACACCUUAGCAGUGGGACUUCCUGAGUAUGUCCACGGCUUCUACGAUUGGUUGGAAGCUACAUGGGAGACCAGUGGAAGAGAGCAAGUAUCCAAGGAAGGCGUAGUACGGUUUCUAGGUCUCGAGCUGUCAUUAGACGAGGCUGGAAAGAUGAUGAUUGGACAACGUGGCUACGUGGACGAGCUCUUGAGGAAGCGGGAAGUCACGACCUACAGCAAGGUGCCGUUUGUCAAGGAGUGGGCGACGGAUGAGAUCCCGAAGGACGCCGAUUGCGCCCCGGAGCUUGUAAAGGAGGCCCAGCAACGGUGUGGUGAAAUUCUCUGGGCUACCCAGCGGAGUAGGCCAGAUGCGGCCUAUGCGGCGAUGAUGAUGUCGAAGCUGACAACAAGGUGGCCAGAGCGGGCGAUAGUCAUUGCCAAGAAGAUCUUGACGUACUUCAAUGCCACCCGGGAGGCCGGCUUUGUAAUCGGACGUGAUCUACCUCAAGGCUUGAUGAUGUUUAGCGACGCUUCCCACGCCCCGACGGGUGCCAAGUCAAUCUCAGGAAGCCUGGUGAUGUGGCGAGGGAUGCCAAUAUGUUGGAGAUCGGCCAAUCAGGGCUUGACAGCCUUGAGUAGCGCUGAAGCCGAGCUCAUAGCUUUGAGUGAGGGCACGCAGCUGGUCAGGGCAGUGCGAACGACCUUGGAGGACAUGGGCAUUUCUCCUGGGACCACGGAGCUACGAGUUGAUGCGACAGUCAUGGAUGCUUAUGGGAGAGUGGGGCUUCACAAAGGGACCGUCAACCUCAAUGAGGAGAUUGGAGGUGGAGGAAGCAGCUUCUACCAUGAGAGCGGGAUCUCCAUCGACUACAGCAGCAGCAGCCACAACCGCAGCAGCAAUAGCCAACACAACAGCAACCGCGCAUGGAGGGGCGUGGACUCGGACUAUGAGCUAUGGUUGGCUGUGAUGUUGAUUGCAGUGACAACAGUCGUGGUCUGGGAAUGGAGCAAGAAAACAGCAGGUGGUGUCAAGAAGGUAGUGAAGAUGAAGAUGUUCAAGCCGGCUGACAGACGCGGACUCUCUAAGUCAGAAGGAAAGGAACUUCUGGAACUGUUGAGCUGCGAUGAUAGAAGUCGCGAACAGGAGGCGAGACUGAUGGUGUUGGUCGGAAAGUUCAAGGCUCAUGAUCAAGAUGCUUUGCCGAGCACUACGACUUCGCAAUCUUCAGCUUCUGGACCUGUGAAUCGGGGAAGAGACGCUAUAUCAGCUGGGGAUGCAGGCCUGAGAGGCUUGUCGAACGAGAAGUUUCAGCCUGAAAAGUGGAGCAGAGGAGUUCAGACGGAUCCCGUAGAGGUCCCUCCCGAAGCAAUGAUUCGUCCUUCUGUCGUUGACGGUGGGAUUCGAUAUGUUGUGCAACCUUGGGAAG